GUUGGUCCGUUCAGGGCGGGGGAUGACUCACGGCCCAUCCCUUCUCCCCGACGCCGCCCGCCCGCGCAGAGCUCACUCCAUGGCUUAGCGGAGGAGGCGGUGGCGAGCGGGGGGAGGGGGACUCUUAUUUUGUUAGGGGGACCGGGCCGAGGCCCGACUGGCCUGGCAGGGCUCGCCCGGGGCCGGGCGUCAUGUCUCAUGCGGCCGAGCCAGCUCGGGACGGCGUAGAGGCCAGCGCGGAGGGCCCUCGAGCCGUGUUCGUGCUGUUGGAGGAGCGCAGGCCGGCCGACUCGGCCCAGCUGCUCAGCCUGAACUCUUUGCUUCCGGAAUCCGGGAUUGUUGCUGACAUUGAAUUAGAAAACAUCCUUGAUCCUGACAGCUUCUACGAACUCAAAAGCCAACCCCUCUCACUACGCUCAAGCCUCCCAAUAUCACUGCAGGCCACACCAGCCACCCCAGCUACACUCUCUGCAUCAUCUUCUGCAGGGGGCUCCAGGACCCCUGCCAUGUCGUCAUCUUCCUCAUCGCGGGUCUUGCUGCGGCAGCAGCUAAUGCGGGCCCAGGCCCAGGAGCAGGAGAGGCGUGAGCGUCGGGAACAGGCUGCAGCCUCUUCCUUCCCCAGUCCUGCACCUGCCUCUCCUGCCAUCUCUGUGGUCGGCGUCUCUGCUGGGGGCCACACAUUGGGCCGUCCUCCCCCUGCUCAGGUGCCCAGGGAGGUGCUCAAGGUGCAAACCCAUCUGGAGAACCCGACGCGCUACCACCUGCAGCAGGCACGCCGGCAGCAGGUGAAACAGUACCUGUCCACCACCCUUGGGCCCAAGCUGGCUUCUCAGGCCCUCACCCCACCACCGGGGGCUGCCAGUGCCCAGCCACUCCCCGCCCCCGAGGCUGCCCACACUACUGGCCCCACAGGCAGUGCUCCUAACAGCCCCAUGGCACUGCUCACCAUCGGGUCCAGCUCAGAGAAGGAGAUUGAUGAUGUCAUUGAUGAGAUCAUCAGCCUGGAGUCCAGUUACAACGAUGAGAUGCUCAGCUAUCUGCCCGGAGGCACGGCAGGCCUGCAGCUCCCCAGCACGCUGCCUGUGUCAGGGAAUCUGCUUGAUGUGUACAGUAGUCAGAGUGUGGCCACGCCGGCCAUCACCGUCAGCAACUCCUGCCCAGCCGAGCUGCCCAACAUCAAACGCGAGAUCUCUGAGACGGAGGCCAAGGCCCUUUUGAAGGAGCGACAGAAGAAAGACAAUCACAACCUAAUUGAGCGUCGCAGGCGAUUCAACAUUAACGACAGGAUCAAGGAGCUGGGCACCCUCAUCCCUAAGUCCAGUGACCCGGAGAUGCGCUGGAACAAGGGCACCAUCCUGAAAGCCUCUGUGGAUUACAUCCGCAAGUUGCAGAAGGAGCAACAGCGCUCCAAAGACCUGGAGAGCCGGCAGCGAUCCCUGGAGCAAGCCAACCGCAGCCUGCAGCUCCGAAUUCAGGAGCUAGAACUGCAGGCUCAGAUCCAUGGUCUGCCGGUACCUCCCACCCCAGGGCUGCUCUCCCUGGCCACAACUUCAGCCUCUGACAGCCUCAAGCCAGAGCAGCUGGACGUUGAGGAGGAGGGCAGGCCAGGCGCGGCAACGUUUCAUGCAGGGGGGGGACCUGCCCAGAGUGCUCCCCAUCAGCAGCCCCCAGCACCACCCUCAGAUGCCCUUCUGGACCUGCACUUUCCCAGCGACCACCUGGGGGAUUUGGGGGACCCCUUCCACCUUGGGCUGGAGGACAUUCUGAUGGAGGAGGAGGAAGGGGUGGUGGGAGGACUGUCAGGGGGUGCCCUGUCCCCACUGCGGGCUGCCUCUGACCCCCUGCUCUCUUCGGUAUCCCCUGCUGUCUCCAAGGCCAGUAGUCGCCGCAGUAGCUUCAGCAUGGAAGAAGAGUCCUGAUCAGGCCUCACCCCUCCCCUGGGACUUCCCCACCCAGGAAAGGAGGACAAGUCAGGAUGAGGCCCUGCCUUUUCCCCCACCCGCCCAUGAGACUGCCCUGCCCAGGUGUUCUGGGGGAAGAGAUGUGAUGAGGCCCCACCCCGGUAACCAGGCAAGGAGGAGGAGUCAGAUGAGGCCCUGCCCCUUCCCCACAGGACCUGCUGGUGCAGGUAUUUCAGCCAUGGAGAAGGCAGUGACAUCAGGGCCUGUCCACUGGAGAUCACAGCCUCGUGCCUGCCCCAUGGGACCCACCCUUGCCCAGGUGACGGGAUGAAGUCAGCCCGUGUCCUCUAGCGACUGUCCUAGCCAGGUCUCCUGGGAUCAGGAGGUGUCAGGAUACUGCUCCAUCCCCUCUCUUGGAACCAUCAGUCUAGUCCAUCCUGGCAAGGAAGAGGAGUCAAAAUGAUGGAAGUCCCACCCUGGGGGUUUAAUCCCUGCCCCUUCCCGAUAGGAACAGCCCAGUGCAGGUAUUUCAGGUGUGGAGGAGUCAGUAAGAUCAGGCCACGGAGCGGAGAUCACAUCCUUGUCCCUUAGCAACAUCCCAUGCCAUCCAAGCAUUCCACACUGCAGGGAGGAGUGCUAUGUAAGCUCCCCUGCCUUAACCUGGGACCAACGGGACCUAACCCAGGAGGACUCUGAGCCAACCUUGCCCUUGGAGAAGGGUCAGAUCUUGAAAUCUUGUGGGUUGACAUUCCAGACCUAGAUCAGGAGUGAGAGACUCCCACCCUUGGGCGGAGUCCUGCCUCCUUCCUUGAAGGGCAGCUUAGGGAGGUGAUGGGGAUUAGGGGGUACUGAGUCCAGGUUCCCAGAACCAGCACCGCAGUACUCUUCAUCAUGUAGAGGAACAGGAUGAAGGAAAGGGCCUUUCCGGGAAAGGCCCAGGGAAAAGUGGAAGCCUGUCCCACCAAGGCAGAGGCUUGGAGGGAGGGUUGCAACAGCAUAUGUCCCUCCUCUUUUGUUAAUCUGAUUUUUUAUUGAUGUCCUACUCCAGCUAAGUCACCCCCAACCUCCAGCCUCCACCCAGUUCUCCAUUUGGAGGAAUCUUCCCCAUUUCAGAGUUAUCAAGAGACAUUCCCUGCCCAUCCCCACCCCUCCUACCACGUAUACCCAAGGUUGUCAGCUUUGGAUUGUUGGGGCCAAGCCCCAAGGAGGGUGUACUGAGAGGUCUGUAGGUUUGUGAUUAAAAUAAUAAAUGCUAGGCGUGUUUGAUGCGCUUUUAACUUUGGCAAA